AGAAAAACUGAGUGAAUUCGUAUACAUGAAACAAGCAAGCAAACCUAUCAGCAUAUCGAAGUAUUCUCUCUAACUGGUCGGAUAAAAACAUAAGAUUAGAAUACUUCCAACAUUUUGUGUGUGUGGUAAACCUGUGCGAUUCUGCAGCAUGCAUUUGGGAAGCUUUUGGAUAACAAAAGAACAAGUGUGAAAAUUCAGAAUUUUGUGAAAUAUUUUACAGCCUUAUUACAAACUGUAAAAACCAUAUAACUAUAGUUUGGUACUCCUAUAUUGGAUUUAACAAAGAAGGAAUUUGGACUUAGAAUAAAAAAGAAAAUAAAAAACUUGAUUUCUUUCAUCUGGACCUAAAAUAAAAUGGAAACAGAACAGCAACACGCCUGGCUCCGCACCGAGGCCCCCAGGAACGCCUAUGAGUCUGUGGGGAUGCUACCUUCUGAGGACGUGGGGGACAUGUUCCCCCCGCAUUUCCUGGAGUCCAACGCAGGGAUGAAUGGAUAUUACAACCAAGCAGCACGCGCAAUGCACAACUACCGAUCUAGUCAUGUUCCUGGCAGCAACUGCAGGCCGUAUUUCCCAGCGGCCCUUCACCCGUUCGUCGCAGCAGAGAAGCCCAUUCACGCCCAUUCCGGGUGGCCCAGUAUGAGCCCAUACAACACCAAGCACCAGAGUCCCACAGCUCCCCUCUCCGUGCACCCCCCUACCUCCAGCUCCUUUAACUUCCCUCCCACUCCCCCGAAAGACGGAUCCACCCCUGAGACAACAUCUUCCACAGAAUACACCCCAGACAGCAAGCCCCCCAAACCCUCGGACUCCCAGGAAAACGGCAUCUCUUCCUUCAUCUCCAGCUCCCAUUCAACUGCCCACCCCAUUCCCACGUAUCCGUCGUAUACGUCGGACUACCAUAGUUUCCACCCGGCAGCCAGCGUAUUCAAGGCGACGUCAGCCCUGUCACGACCCAGGACAAAGGCCCGCUCAAGUGCAGGACUGGGAGGGCGAACUAGUGAGCUGAUUUCCAUGGUUUUCCCCGGCAGUGUGCGCCAAAAUACUCAAGAGGGCCGGGAGUGCGUCAACUGUGGGGCUACCUCCACCCCUCUGUGGAGGAGGGAUGGGACCGGCCACUAUUUGUGCAAUGCCUGCGGUCUGUACCACAAAAUGAACGGACAGAAUCGACCCCUCAUCAAACCCAAGCGGCGACUGUCUGCUGCCAGAAGAGCAGGGACAAGUUGCGCAAACUGUGGGACAAACACCACAACAUUGUGGCGACGCAACGGCAACGGAGACCCCGUCUGCAACGCUUGCGGACUCUACUACAAACUCCAUAACGUUAACCGCCCGCUUACAAUGAAGAAAGAUGGAAUUCAGACCCGGAACAGGAAAAUGUCCACUAAAAGCAAGAAAAACAAGAAAGGAAUGGUUAUGUCCGACCUAUUAAAGCCAAGCUUGGACAAGCCUUUUGGAGGAUUCCCACCAAACCUGAACGCUAUGCAUGCACCAAUGCCAACAUACAUGGGAGGGGGAUCGUCCAUUGGCGGAAGCUACUUUACCCACGGAUCAUCACACAUGCAGGGCUCCACCGGACUGGGUCAUUCCGGAUUCUCCAGCGCCUACAACAACUUCCCGUCAUCCAUGCCCUCAUCGUUCUCCAGUAUAUCCAGUAACUACAACUCUGGACUCCCUUCCGGUCUUAACCUCUCAACAACAACGGCAGGAGGAUUCCCUUCCGGUCUCAAUCUCUCUUCCGGUUCAAAUAUGAUCGGAGCCAUGGCCUAAGAACCUUUUUAUUUUGACCAUAUUUUACGAGUAGUCAACAGAUUAUACGAAGCGAAUCUGUGAAAAAUGAGGACUUAUAACUCUAUGAUGUGGCGUGUGAAAAGGGAUAAAAUGUUGACAAUUUUGUUGCCUAUUUGGCAUUUUGUGUGCUAAAUAUAGACUGAGAGGUUCAGUGCGCCUUAGAGACGAGCAGCCGAAGCUUCCCGAUGCUAUAUUUCAUGAAUUGGUUCGAAACACGGAAAAGUGAACCAGAACUACGCAUGCGCAAUAAUCGUUCAUGAAUAAAGAAACAGACAGCAAAGGUAAUACGGAUGCGUGUGAUCGUCCCAUUUGCAGAAAGAAACUCGUUUGUCACGAAAAACUCUAUCCCUAAUAGGGAUAUAUUUAUAAGUCACGGACAACCGCGACGCUGGAGUGGGACAUUUGAAGUUUCAAGUUUCACAAGCCUAUUCAUCGAUAACUAUCGGUGUGAAAUAAAACCGAAAGCCAAGAAGCAACAUGACAGAAAGCGGUGACUUGGAGGAACUGCUUUGGGUAAAUCUACCCACCUGCAGGUCGAGUUUGAACGCAGGGGCCAGACUCGCGGAGCGUACUCUGUCGCUCCGACAGUUAUGUAUGUGUGCUUAUGAACUUUUGAGAGAUAAAAAACCGAAGCAGCCUAUUGUCAAAGUUGGUGAGAAAAUGGCCGUUUUUCUGUCGUCGUUGUAACCUAAGUCGGUGCUUUACUAACAAUGGGUGUCCCCUUAGGACUAGAUAUAUUCGGACUUUUAUAGAAGAAUUAUCAAGACUAAUUAACAUGGGGAUGCUAAUUAGCCAAAGGUGUGCUUUUUAUGAUUUAGUGACUUUUUUUUAUUAAUACAUUGGUGUCCAUCUUAAGAAUUUUGACUAUGAAUCUCUUGAUAUUUUUUUUUUUGAAACGCAGCAUGGUUUUUUCUUGUUGUUUGCUCAAUAUGAUUAUUUUUAUUUGAAUUCAAUAUUUAGUGUUAUGUUCUGAUCUUAGAUAAGAUGAAAUUUUAUUUUGUGUAAAUACUUAAUUUAUUUGUUCUUCCAUCCUGGAGGAGUUUUAUAACAUGCUUAAUCUUUUAUCCAUGACACAAAGAAAUGUUGCGUUUCUAGUCUUCAUUGUACAGGAAUGGGUGUUUGAAAACAAAA